AUGUUACCUUCCAAGAGAAAGAGAGCAAGGAACAACUGGGUGCUAGGAAACUGACCACAGGCCCUGCGGGCCUCUGGAGAGAGGGGACAGAAGAGGAGUGGCCGAGCCUGGGGGACUCCAUGCGUGGGCCAUGGAUAGAGCGGCGCUCCUGGCCCUGCCCAGCCUGUGCGCGCUCUGGGCAGCCGUGCUCUCGCUGCUCCCCUGCGGAACCCAAGGCAACUGGAUGUGGUUGGGCAUCGCCUCCUUCGGGGUACCGGAGAAACUGGGCUGCGCCGGCUUGCCGCUGAACAGCCGCCAGAAGGAGCUGUGCAAGAGGAAACCGUACCUGCUCCCCAGCAUCCGCGAAGGAGCCCGGCUGGGCAUUCAGGAGUGCAGGAGCCAGUUCCGACACGAGAGGUGGAACUGUGUGGUCGCCACUGCCACCUCGGCCCCGCUCGGCACCGGCCCCCUCUUUGGCUAUGAGCUGAGUAGCGGCACCAAGGAGACAGCAUUCAUUUAUGCCAUCAUGGCUGCAGGCCUGGUGCACUCAGUAACGAGGUCAUGCAGUGCGGGAAACAUGACAGAGUGUUCCUGUGACACCACCUUGCAGAACGGUGGCUCGGCCAGUGAAGGCUGGCACUGGGGAGGAUGCUCGGAUGAUGUCCAGUACGGCAUGUGGUUCAGCAGAAAGUUUCUAGAUAUCCCCAUCAGCAACACCACGGGAAAGGAGAGCAAAGUGCUGCUAGCCAUGAAUCUUCACAACAACGAGGCAGGACGGCAGGCUGUCGCCAAGCUAAUGUCUGUGGACUGCCGCUGCCAUGGCGUUUCCGGCUCGUGUGCCGUGAAGACCUGCUGGAAAACUAUGUCUGCUUUUGAAAAGAUCGGGCACUUUUUAAAAGAUAAAUAUGAAAACAGCGUCCAGGUUUCGGACAAAACCAGAAGGAAAAUGCGCAGGAGAGAAAAGGAUCAGAGGCAGACCCCCAUCCUCAAGGACGACCUGCUGUACGUCCAUAAGUCUCCCAACUACUGUGUGGAGAACAAGAAACUGGGCAUCCCUGGGACCCAGGGCCGAGAGUGCAAUCGCACGUCCGGAGGCGCUGACGGCUGCAACCUCCUGUGCUGUGGCCGAGGCUACAACACGCACGUCGUCAGGCACGUGGAGAGGUGUGAGUGUAAGUUCAUCUGGUGCUGCUACGUCCGCUGCAGGAGGUGUGAGAGCAUGGCCGAUGUCCACACUUGUAAGUAAGCUCUCCAUCCAGCCCAGCGCGGGGACUGCUCAGCAGCAACCAAAGGCGUUGGAGUCUGGAGAGCGCCCCCUACCGUGCGCGGCUGGGGAAGUCGCCGCCUGUGCUAGCUCCAGACCCCUGCGCCAGCCGGUCCCCGUUUUCUUCCCGAGAGAGACCCAUCCACAAGUCGAUCAUGAGGAUCGCUUAGGAUUCUAAGGUUGGAAAGGGUGGCAGUCGCCUUUGGAUGGUUUGGGGAAUAUACACGUAUUGACAGAUAGGGAACAUCAGUCUGUUUCCGAAGUGAUACCGAGGUGGGGCGGAUUGUCCCAGAGAACUGGUCCAGGCUCAGAAUAAGACCUUAGACUGGAGACACAGUUACGGAAGGCUGCACAUCGAUCAUUUCUUAAAGACAUCUCUUCUAGGAGCAACGAGCAGUACACAUGAAUUGCAUUUUUCUUUAGUAUUUUAAUAGAAUCAAUUUUAUUAUCUGUGUGUAGACAAAAGACGCUGAAAAGUAACCAAGGGGCAGGUGCUUACUUUCUGCUUUCAUACACUCCAAAAGAAGGGCCAGUUGAAAAUAUCCUCGUUAACAGAUAUAAUAUCUCUUUUAAAGUCUCUUU